AACCUGGUUCCCCACUGACCCCAAAAGCUUGCAGGUCACUACGCAGGAACCGAUUACGUCAGGGGACGGAGGGCGGGAUAAUGUUUCAUCACCAUGGUAAAGUUUUCCCAAACAACAACAGUAGCUACCGUCUGCAGCAAGGAGUACUUCUUCGCUCUAUAACAACAAAAAAAAUCCACAAAAUUAUCAGACAUCAAAAGCGUUCAGGAAACACGACGAAACGAGUGACCCGUUACGUCACCCUUCGGCUCUCAGGUCAGUGGAAAAGCACGGCAGUUUACGAUAGGCUCCAGAUUGCCCCGGCCGUGAACCAGCAGAGCACAGGCUCAGCACGAGAACCAUCACCUGGGGUGAGCUCUUUUGACUUGGGUCAGUAAGCAACCAGCUUACAACCACCCAGAAUACUUUAGCAACCACAUGCCAAUGCCCUGGCAGAUACUGCAUCAUCACAUCGCCUCUGUGGAAAAGCUCUCUCUCACAACUAGUGGCUGUCCACUCCUCAUUCAGUGCCGGAAUUUCCAGGUUGUCCACUUUGUCAUUCUGCGAGAACGCGACUGCCACGACAUCUACAGCUCUCUGCUCGGGCUGCUGAGACCAGUGUCUUAUGGUGAGUUGUAUGCAUUCUCCUACAAUCCAAAGCAGAACGACCAACAGAGAGAGGAGGGGUGGCAACUCAUAGACCUUGGAGCUGAAUAUGAGCGAAUGGGUGUACCAUGUGACCAGUGGCAACUGACAGACGUUAACAGGGAAUACAAGGUGUGUGAGACAUAUCCAAGAGACUUAUACGUACCCAUUACGGCCAGUAAACCCAUCAUUGUCGGAAGCUCCAAGUUCAGAAGCAAAGGCCGCUUCCCGGUCCUAACGUAUUUCUACCAGGAGAAGAAGGCAGCAGUGUGUCGGUGCAGUCAGCCUCUUUCUGGAUUCAGUGCUCGGUGUUUGGAAGAUGAGCACAUGCUUCAGGCCAUCAGCAAGUCCAAUCAUAACAGCCGAUAUGUCUAUGUGAUGGACACACGGCCCAAGUUGAAUGCAUUGGCAAAUCGUGCGGCAGGCAAAGGCUACGAGAAUGAGGACAACUACUCUAAUAUCCACUUUCAGUUUGUGGGCAUUGAGAACAUCCAUGUGAUGAGGGGAAGUUUGCAGAAGCUUCUGGAAGUUGUAAGAACGCGCUCCCUCAGCAUGACCGAUUACCUGGUUGGACUGGAAAACAGCGGAUGGUUGCGUCAUAUCAAAGCCAUCAUGGAUGCGGCUAGAUUUCUUGCCAAGGCUGUGACCGUUGAGGGCGCCAGUGUUUUAGUGCACUGUUCAGAUGGAUGGGACCGGACAGCUCAGGUCUGCGCUCUGGGCUCUCUGUUGAUGGACCCUUACUACCGCACCAUUAAAGGCUUCAUGGUACUUGUUGAGAAAGACUGGAUCUCUUUUGGACACAAGUUUGCCGACAGGUGUGAUCAGUUGAAUGGUGACCCUAAAGAGGUAUCGCCCAUAUUCACUCAGUUCCUGGAGUGUGUAUGGCAGCUGACUGAGCAGUUUCCUCAGGCCUUCGAAUUCAGCGAGUGGUUCCUCAUUCAGAUCCAUGAGCACGUGCACUCCUGCCAGUUCGGCAACUUCCUGGGCAACAGUCAACGUCAGAGAGAAGACCUUCAGUUAAAGGACAGGACAUAUUCUCUGUGGGCUCACCUGCUGAGUGAAAAGCAGAACUACUUGAACCCUGUGUAUAGUUCGAGCUUUGCAGAAUCACACCCGGUUUUGGAGCCAUCCACCCAAGCCUACCAUUUCAAGUUUUGGAGAAACAUGUACCAUCAAUACGACCGUUCCAUGCACCCUCGACAGUCCAUUCUCAAACACAUCCUAACCUUGAAAGAGAGCAAUCGAGAGCUAGAAGGCACAGUGCAAGCCCUGAAGAUGAAGUUGCAGAAGUUUGGGGUGACCACAUCUCCACUGAAGCCUCAGACACCUACCAGGGAGCAAAGUCUCCCUCCCCAAUCCCAGUCGCUUAUCCUGGGGGCUCCUCUUCUCAGCCGGAAGGACGUACAGCAGGAGGAAGAAGAGGUAUUUGGAGAGGAGGCCAUGGAGGAUGCUCCAGCUAGUGCUGGUGGGGAACGGACUGUAGAGGGCAGCAGUGCCACAGAAAAUGGCUACAAAGAGCUCCGUGGACCCUUUGGUUCCAAAAGUGAGCCUACUGUAGUCACCUUGGAGUUUGGAGUGGCCAGAAUGACCUGUUAAGGAUACUAUUGAAAACUUGAUUUAAAGAAUUAAGGAAUCUAAGAGGACUGGAAACAUGCAAGAUUUGUAUGUUAUGUUGUGUGAGAGAUGAAGUAUGAUUGCUCGCGUGUGUGCGUUUAUAUAGGUACGCGCAUUUGUUUACUCUAGUGAUGGCACUGCACUUGCCGUGACCUCCAUAUGUACGAUAGAAAAAGAGAUAAAUGGAAGGGCAAAUUUAGAGAUGGUUUCUUUAAUGUAAAUUCAUUAUUAUAUCUAUCGACUCAAAUGUUAUGUGUUAUCUACAUUUAAAAAAGCGUUUGUUUUGUUUUGUUUUUUUGCUAUUUUUUUUAAAAGGAAGUCAAUAGCAUUGAAAUGAAAAGAUUAAACAAAGAGCUGAUGGACUUGUGACUCAAAAUCUUUGUUCCACUGAGAACACUGUUUUGGGGCGACUCAUCUCCAUUCCUUCCAUGUCACUUUUAUUUUGGAGGGAGAAAGGUGACAAGAUUAAUGAUGUACUGGAUGAAGGAUGACAGCAGAGAUGCCCCACACACAAGUGUCCCAUGUGCAGUCUGGUCGAUAAGAGGGGUUAGUUAGGAACUUAGAGGUUAAUGUGAUGUCAUAGAGGAGGUCAAGGGUAAUUUUUACUCCUAGGUGAAUAUAUGAGCUAUCAAUUAAUCUAACUGAAGAGUCUACAGCAAUCUGUCAUUGUCACAUACAAAAUCACCAACUGCAUAAAGAACAAUGGAGAACUAUAGCAAAUGCCUGCAGCCUAAAACAUAAUCAAAUACAUUUCUAAACUCUGGACCUUAUUGGGGAUGUUUGUCUAGGUGGUGGCAUGUAAGCGUUAUCAUCUAGCGAAAUUUCAUCAAAUGUAAAAACUGCUGUGGCAGCUUUGGGCUCGUGUUCAUCGCCACUUUUUAUCAAUUUGAAAAAAUGUAAAGAAAACCACAAACAUUUGUGCAAGGGGUUGUAGGCCUAUGAGACAAAAUAGCUUAAAUGGAUGCACUCUUUGAAAAUCCUUUGCUAAAAUGACUGAAAGACUUUUUGACACACAAAUUCUAAUCUCGCAUACUAUUUAGGACGGAUAGUAUGCAGAUAUUGGAUGCAGGAUGAGAAUCAGGUCGAUUACUAUUCUUUUGGGUCCGAUUGAUUCUUUCUGCAGAGAACUAGCUAUGUCAUAGUGCUCUGAGUCUGUCUGUCUCUUAUCACACUGACAGUUUGAAGUAGGUUACUUGUUGUCAUCUAUCUUGUUUUUGUAAGCCUGAGUGAUUAUUGGGUCCAAACCCUCGAGACCUGUAUUACUGACUGGAAGAGGAUCAUUGUGAGAAAUGGGAAUUAGGGCUAAUCCCUGCAAAUGUGACCCUAGGCAAAAGCCUGUUGAUAUGCCAUGAAAAUUUACAUGCCAGUGUUUUGUGUGAAAGGGCCUUUGUUUAGGCUCAGUUCUUCUGUCUUACAUCUAUAAGCAAUAAUUAAUUAAUAUAUCCAAGUAAUAAUGAGGUCAAAACAGCAUAAUGCGCCAAGCAUUUCUGAUGUGUGUGGAAUAAGCGAGAUGUAUACAUGAAAAGUGAGUUUUUUUUUUGUUUUUUUUAAUGGGUAUUUCAUAUAUUCGUAUUAAACAUGGAUUGGUAAAAAUCAACUAGUAUAUAGAACAUGCCCCCUUCAGUGUGUUUAGUGGUUCCAUUACGUACUUGCUGGUACUUGUCAAUUCUGCCACUCCUUUAAUUUCCAUCACUUAUGGCAACAUCAAACAUACAUUUUUCUUAUAAGGUAAAAGCUUUAAUAUGGAAAUACACAGUCAACAUUAAGUCUCCAUUUGGCCAUAGUAACUAAAGUGUUUUUUUGUUUUAGUUUUUUUUUUUUUUUUCACCCAAGCAAAAA